AGCCCUUGGAAAGUAGCCGCCAUCAAGAUUCAGGAAAUCUUGACACCCAGCUUUCUACGACACGAUGCCUCUGAGGAUGAACGGCCAAGCCAAUCUGCCACACGCCAAGCCGGAAGCAGUCGGAUCAGUACAGAUUGGCUCGAUGGGCUCCGCGGUGUGGCUUCGUUCUUCGUGUUUCUCUUCCACCACACGAUGUACGGGCACCCUGGCCUCUUCUGGGCAUAUGGUGGUCCUGGAGAGAACAAACGUCUGUUUAUACAGCUGCCCUUCGUACGGCUCAUUGUCCACGGCCGUGCGAUGGUGGCCAUCUUUUUCGUCAUUUCUGGAUAUGCCCUGUCCUUCUCACCGUUAAAGUUCAUACACAAGCAAGACCAUGGUACACUCUUGAAGAGAUUAUCAUCGUCAGUCUUUCGUCGUGGCAUGAGACUGGCCAUUCCCAGUCUUACCUCGCUAUUUCUCCAUUACCUGGCCCACCUCGCAAACAUCUCCCCAAAGAGACACAAAGGGGCAACAUUUCGGUCCGACACGAGGGCCCUGUUUCAUGAUAUUGAUCGGAUCGUGAACCCAUUCACGUUGGUAACUAGCAAUGGCGGGUUUCACUUCAACGGACACCUUUGGACAAUCCCGAUCGAAUUCCGUGGAUCAAUGAUCCUAUUCAUAACGAUCCUGGGCCUUGCACGGUGCAGAGCUUGGGUUCGAAUGGUAACCGUGUGUGUCAUAGUUGUCUACUUCAUGGCAAAGGAACAAUGGAAUAUGGCCUUGUUCCUGGCAGGAAUUGUCGUGGCAGAAAGCAAUCUCUUGUUGCUCUCUGAACCCACCAACACCGGCCAAACAGACACGACCUGGAUUGAUGAUCUCGACCUGGAAAAGGCUCUUGCCAAGAUGCCAUGGUCUCGAAAGAUCAGCGAAAAGGUUCGGAAAGCUGGCGUCAUCUUCAUCUUGAUCCUGGGUCUGUACAUUCUCUCGUACCCAAACAAGGGAGCAGAUGCGACUCCAGGAUGGAUGUGGAUGGCCAGCUGGUUCAAAGAUAACCCGGGUUACGGAGUAAAUGUAUGGUUAUCGAUUGGAGCUACUACUGUUGUCUCGGCUAUUAGCUACCUGAAGGGAUGCCAAGCCGUCCUGGAGACACGGCCAAUCCGAUAUCUGGGCAAGAUAUCCUUCGCCCUGUACCUGGUACACGGUCUCGGAAACCAGUUGAUCGGGAAGCCUCUGAUAGAUUUCUUCUGGAAAAAUUUCACUGGCACGGAUCCCGGGUUUUGGAAGGAAGCUGCAUGGUUAUUUUCCAUUGUGCUUUACAUCCCAAUCCUCAUCUGGCUUGCCGAUAUCUUUUGGAGGCUGGUGGACGCACCUUCAGUCACUUUUGCAAAGAUGGUUGAGGGCAAA